GUUGGAUCAGCGACCCGACUUGAGUCUCAAAUAAAAAGGGAAACAGCCUCUACAAAAACCCUAGUUGCUCUUUUCUCCCUCUCCGCAUACACUCUGCUCGUAGGGUUUCUCCACCUAGAGGGAAAUGGCUCCCAAACCGCCUAGUACGGGUCUGUUUGUUGGACUGAACAAGGGUCACGUCGUCACCAAGAAGGAAUUGCCUCCACGCCCCUCAGAUCGUAAGGGGAAAACAAGCAAGAGGGUGCACUUUGUGAGGAACCUCAUAAGAGAGGUAGCCGGUUUUGCACCCUAUGAAAAGCGUAUAACUGAGUUGCUGAAGGUUGGGAAGGAUAAGAGGGCACUGAAGGUUGCAAAGAGAAAGCUCGGAACACACAAACGCGCAAAGAAGAAGCGUGAGGAAAUGUCCAGUGUUCUCAGGAAGAUGAGGGCUGGUGGUGCUGGAGACAAGAAGAAAUAAGUCUUAUUUACUGUUUUCCAGAUUCACUAGAUGGACCUGUGUAUUGAUGGACGAGCUUUCAUAUUUUUGCUUUGGUUCAAUUAGUUUACUUCAAGAUUUUGUUUGAGAAAUAUGUUUUGCUUAACUGAGACAUGAUUUAUGGAAGAAGCUAGAUUGGAUUAUUUUCUGUUUUACUAGAAAUGAGAGUUAUAAUCCUUUUUCAAGGGAACUUUGCAUCUUAUUAGUAUCCUGAGGGUAAUAUUUCAUUGAAUCCCAAGGGUUAGUUA